UUGCUUCGCUCUUCCGGUAGGUAGAGAGCUGUCCGUGGUGCUGAAACCGUUAUUAGCACACGCACAACAUUGUUUACAAACAUCGGAUCUGAUCAGCUCAUCAAAUCGAUAUUUGUUUUUCCCGAGCUAGUGCUAGUCCAAUACUUUAUUAUGAACAGUUAGCGAACUAAUAGUCUGCUUUGUGAUUCACUUUAUAUAUGAUACUAAACAAGGCACGGAAGCAAUGUUACUGAACUGCUUUGGGACAAAUAAUAAUUCACAUGUAGACACCUCCUCCGUGCGUUUACAGACAGUCGAGAUAUAAUAAGGUAGACUGCAUGCAAAUGUUUUUCUUAACCCUCUCCCUCUGUCAAUCAUCCAUCUCUUUCCCUGACUCCUAAACUGUCUUACCAGCUCCACAGUAAUGAUCGAUAGACAGACUACUAGGCUAUAGAGCUUGCACAGGCCCCAUAUGGAAAAUAAUCAUGAAAAUCAAAUAAGAAUAUUGUAAAGCAGAAGAACAUUAUUUGUACAAACAUCUAAGAAGUAAUCUAACAAGGAUCUGGUAAAAUACUCUGGAGUGAUCAUGGACCCACGGUCUGAGGGAUCCGACCCCCGGUCCGAGGGAACUGACUACGUUCCCAACAGUAUUCCCUAUGUUCCGGAGCACAGGUCUGAGCUGUGUGUGUCAGAGGCUCACAGCCAGCAGCUACUGGGCAUGCUCAGAUCGUUCAGAGAGCGAGGCCUACUGUUUGACUUCACUAUAACAGUCCAGGACCAGACCUUCCCCUGUCAUCGCUGUGUCCUGGCAGCUUGUAGCGACUUCUUCAGGGCCAUGUUUGAGUUGGACAUGCGUGAGUGUGGUGAUAGGAUGGUAACCCUGAGUAACCAGUCCCCAGAAGCCGUGCGCUGCUUCCUGGACUUCUGUUACUCUGGAGAGAUGGUCGUCACCCACGAAAACGUAGACCUGCUGUUCCAGCUCGCCUCUUUCCUACAGGUGUCUGUGCUCUUCAGAGCAUGCAGUGACUUCCUGAUCGGAACCCUGGAGCUCUCCAACUGCCUGAUGCUAUUGGCCCUCGCCGAGGGAUAUGGCUCCGCCUCCCUCCUCCAGCAGGCCAAAGAGUUUGUAGUUCAAAACUUCCACAACCUCUCAAUGACUCCAGACUUCCUGGAUAUGCCGUUGGGCGUGCUCGAGGUAUGUCUGGGGUCGGACAGUCUCAGCGUGCCCAGUGAGGAGGUGGCGGUGAGGUCAUCCCUGAGGUGGACAAGUCACGACCUCCAGACCAGACAGAGGCUGUUGCCACGGCUACUAGCACUGCUACGGCUACAUCACGUACCCACACACACCCUGCAGGCCCUGGCCCGGACUGAGAAUCUCCUCUCAGGGGACCAACUCUGUGUUAGUCUGGUCAGUGAUGCAGUGAGUAGACAGACACAGCUCAGUGGUCUACUGCCAGACGCCAGACCAGCUACCACACAGUCUUACAUCUACAUCCACAAGACAGAGGAGAACGGAGAGAUACACCACAGCUUCUGUUACUGCCUGGACACAGACCAAUGGAGAGAGCUACCUCAGGGCCAGGGGGCGGGUUUUAGUAUGACCCCUGACCCCUCAGGCUCUUCCCUCACCAGCUACGCCGAGAAGUUGUUUGUGACAGGUGGUUGUCGGGGCAACUGUUGCCGCACAGUGCGUCUUCACGUGGCAGAGCCGUUCCAUGAUGCGACAGCGGAGGUUUGGUGCUACUGCCCAGUCACACACACCUGCACCCCUGCCCCGGACAUGGGGAAACCCCGUACCAUGCACACAGCCGUCACAACCCUGGACAGACUGUAUGUGCUAGGAGGGAGGACCAGAGGAGAAAGGGAGGGAGCGCCUAGCCUAAUGGAGGUGGAGUACUACGACCCCCUGGCCAAAACCUGGACCUCCGUCAGCCCUCUGCCCACUGCUAUCUACUACCCAGAAGCCAGUGCGUGCGGCAGCAUCAUCUACACAUUGGGUUCGUCAGUGGAGAUAUCGGACUCCUUCAACCCUUCGCUGGACUGUUUCCUGCGCUACGAUGCUGUUUCUGACCAGUGGAGCCACCUGGUGGCAGAGUUUGGUCAGUUUUUCCACGCCACCUUGGUCAAGGCUGUGUCCGUCAACAACACUCUACACCUCUGUGACUUGUCUACGUAUAAGGUGUACAGUUUCUGUCCAGAGACGUGUGUGUGGCAAGGGGAGGGGUCGUUCGAGUGUGCCGGGUUCAACGCAGGCUCCGUGGGCGUGGCCAACCGAAUCUACAUCCUGGGAGGAGACUACUCACCUGAUGAGAUCACUGACGAAGUCCAAGUGUACCACAGUGGGCGGGGCCAGUGGGAGGAAGUGACACCAAUGCCACGCCCCCUGACAGAGUUUCACUGUCAGGUCAUCAGCUUCAACAGAUACAGAGACCCCUGGGGAGGAAGGGACACGUAACACACACACACUACCUGGGGACUAAAAGCUGCACUCUGCAUCAAUGAAAUAAUUUAUGUUUUGUCAUACCUCAAGUAUUUAUUAGUUUUAUCACAUUUUAUGUUAUAUAUUUAUUUAUAAACUGGGUGGUCGUGCCCUGAAUGUUGAUUGUCUGACAGCCAUGGUAUAUCAGACCUUAUACCAUGAGUAUGACAAAACAUGUAUUUUUACUGCUCUAAUUUCAUUGGUAACUAGUUUAUAAUAGCAAUAAGGCACCUCAGGGGUUUGUGGUAUAUGGCCAAUAUACCAUGGCCAAGGGCUGUAUCUCCGCGUUGCACCUUGCCUAAGAACAGCCCGUAGCCAUUGUAUAUUGGCCAUAUACCACAACCCCUCGUGCCUUAUCAAAUCAAAUUUAUUUAUAUAGCCCUUCUUACAUCAGCUGAUAUCUCAAAGUGCUGUACAGAAACCCAGCCUAAAACCCCAAACAGCAAGCAAUGCAGGUGUAGAAGCACGGUGGCUAGGAGAAACUCCCUAGAAAGGCCAAAACCUAGGAAGAAACCUGGAGAGGAACCAGGCUAUGAGGGGUGGCCACUCCUCUUUUGGCUGUGCCGGGUGGAGAUUAUAACAGAACAUGGCCAAGAUGUUCAAAUGUUCAUAAAUUACCAGCAUGGUCAAAUAAUAAUAAUCACAGUAGUUGUCGAGGGUGCAGCAAGUCAGCACCUCAGGAGUAAAUGUCAGUUGGCUUUUCAUAGCCGAUCAUUAAGAGUAUCUCUACCGCUCCUGCUGUCUCUAGAGAGUUGAAAACAACAGGUCUGGGACAGGUAGCACGUCCGGUGAACAGGUUAGGGUUCCAUAGCCGCAGGUAGAACAGUUGAAACUGGAGCAGCAGCACGGCCAGGUGGACUGGGGACAGCAAGGAGUCAUCAUGCCAGGUAGUCCUAAGGCAUGGUCCUAGGGCUCAUGUCCUCCGAGAGAGAGAAAGAAAGAGAGAAAGAGAGAAUUAGAGAGAGCAUACUUAAAUUCACACAGGACACCGGACAAGACAGGAGAAGUACUCCAGAUAUAACAAACUGACCCUAGCCCCCCGACAUUGGUCACAUACACAUAUUUAGCAGAUAUUAUUGUGGGUGUAGCGAAAUACUUGUGCUCCUAGCUCCAACAGUGCAGUAUUAUCUAACAAUUCACAACAAUACAUACAAGUCUAAAAGUAAAAGAAUGGAAUUAAGAAAUAUAUAAUUAGGACAAGCAAUGUCUUUGUGGCAUUGACUAAAAUACAGUAGAAUAGAAUACAGUAUAUACAUAUGAAAUGAGUAAAGCAGUAUGUAAACUUUAUUAAAUUGACUAGUGUUACAUUAUUAAAGUGACCAGUGAUUCCAUGUCUAUGUAUAUAGGGCAACAGCCUCUAAGGUGCAGGGUUGAGUAACUGGGUGGUAGACGGCUAGUGAUGGCUAUUUAACAGUCUGAUGGCCUUGAGAUAGAAGCUGUUUUUCAGUCUCUCGGUCCCAGCUUUGAUGCACCUGUACUGGCCUCACCUUCUGGAUGGAAGCGGGAUGAACAGGCCGUGGCUCGGGUGGUUGAUGUCCUUGUUGAUCUUUUUGGCCUUCCUGUUACAUUGGGUUGGGUGGUGUAGGUGUCCUGGAGGGCAGGCAGUGUGCCACCGUUGAUGCAUUGGGCAGACUGCACCACCCUCUGGAGAGCCCUGCGGUUGCGGGCAGUGCAGUUGCCGUACCAGGCGGUGAUACAGCCCGACAGGAUGCUCUCAAUUGUGCAUCUGUAGAAGUUUGUGAGGGUCUUAGGGGCCAAACCAAAUUGCUUCAGCCUCCUGAGGUUGAAGAGGCGCUGUUGCGCCUUCUUCACUACACUGUCUGUGUGGGUGGACUAUUUCAGAUUGUCAGUGAUGUGUACGCAGAGGAACUUGAAGCUUUUCACUGUCAUCCACUGCGGUCCCGUCGAAGUGGAAAGGGGCAUGCUCCCUCUGCUGUUUCCUGCUUAAUUUAAACAUUUUCUAUUCCCAAGAAUGCUAUUUGGGUUCAAAGCUACAGUAGAGGUUUCUGAGUCUACUGGCCCACAGACUUAUCUUUGUUGUUUCUGGACAUGUCUGAUUACCUGACUAAGGCUGUUGCAGCUGACAUGUCAUCUAUUGUGGUGCCAGAUCUAUUAAAGAACUUUGUAACUGCGUUUUUCCUGUG